CGCAUUUGCGCGUAGCGUGACCACACAGCGGCGUACGCUUUUGGUUCCGCUUUCGCUGGUGCCAAAAAAAUCUUCGCAUUUGUUGCUUCUCUAUCGCUUAUCUGUGACAUGCAAGCGCCGUUCCUCGCAGCGCUAAUCUCCGAAAGCGAUCAGCGGCGAUAAAGGAUAUCGCGAGCCUUGCCCUUUCUUCGUCGUCAUCUUCUCGCGACAGCCAGCGGUGGUGGUGCUCGUUCGAAUGGCCUCAGGCGAAAGUCAUCAGCUGGUGAGAUGAUCAUCAAGCGUCGGCGUACGUCACGUUGAAACUGACACAGCGGGCUGUGUCAGCCUCCGUGUGUUGACGCCGCGUUGUGCAAGCAACCGCAAGGUUUUUUUUUUUUUGUUUGUUUUCGCCUUCAUUCAUUCUUCGGUGUGAUUGCGCCGGCCCGGUAUUGCGAACGGUAUACGCCGUUCGGGCCAUGUAAGCGGCAGGACUUAGCACGACUCCUGCUGCUGUGUCGCACCUGUUGAGCCUCGAAGGCGCCGACGCCGUGUGCCGUGAACGCAUCUCGCUGUCGUUCAAGCUUCCGUGGACGGCAUGACGGCGUGCUGACGCCUAAACCUGUCAACAGCUGACAACAGCGCUAUCCGCCGAAAAUCUGCGUUGUGCGUCGGCACCCGCCGGAGAGUCGCCAUGGCACACCGGCUGAGCCUAUCCAAGCUGACGGGCAGUAAGGCAACAUCGCAGCCCACGCCUGUCAUGUCCUUCCGCUACAAUCCGUGCGACGAGGACAUUCAGGAGUUGCAGCCCAUUGCGUCCGCCAAGGAUAACGAUGCCCCCUCCCAGCAGCAGCAGCAGCAGCAAACGCAGGGAAGCAGCAGCUCCGUCGCGGGGACGUCUACUCAAGCUACGGAGCGCCCCGCCGUCGGCACGGGCUCCCGGGACCCUUCCGUUGAACGUAGGCACUCCGUCGGACCGGCGCCCGAGAGGCGAGCGACGAGUGCACCGGAUCUGGACGUCCUGGACCAUCCACUCGCAAACAUCGAGAGGGAAGCCACACCGGAGCCCCCUGAUGUUACGAACAGGACUGGUGCUGCAGCACACGUGGCCGACGUUGCGGCGCCAGCGGAACCGGAGCACUCCAAAGUGGAGUCAUCGCCAGUCAAGGAAUCCAUGAAGGACUACCUCUCCAAGUUCAGCAAGAAGGCGACCAUGUCUCACUCUGCGGUCGAAGCCAACCUGCCGGCAUCGCCCAGCGCGACAGCCACUGCCCCCAGCGACGCCAACGACGGCUGGUUCAUGGGCCUCAAGGGUCGGCUCAAGCGGCUCGAAGAGAAACGGCACGGCACGCGCCUGCUGCGUCGGGACGACGACACGAAGUCGACUACUGCCGCGACAAGCGACGUCGCCGGCAUGACGACGAUCGGGACCAUGACCGCCUCGACUGCGCUGCACGAGGACGAGACGACGGCAUCAAUCCGCAUGUCGGGACACGCGCUGGAUGAGUGCAAGGAGGCGACGGAGAAGGGCGAGGACACAAGGACAGGCAGUGGCAGGCAAUUCGUCAGCAGCGGCACUGACGAGAUGCCCGACCCCGACCUCACCACCUGGGAGUUUGUCGAGCAGCCCGAGAAGCCCCUGAAGCACCCCAUCCAGUCUCCGCUGCCCGCGGCCUCUCGCGACUUCUCGCAUGCGUUCCGGGGCUCGCAGACGCCCAAUGUCACCGCGCUUGUGCACGCCAUGAUGAAGACCAACUCGUUCCUCAUCUCGGGCCUGGUCGGCCUGCUGGCCAUGGUGCUGCCCAUGCCGUCAUUCCCGAGCGGCUUCGUCGUCGGCUGCGUGGUGUCCUUCUUCAUAUUCAGCUUCCUGUGGUACCUCCUGGUGCCGACGCAGGAGCGGCACCCCUUCGAGGUGCCAGACUACAGCCGGAUGCCGCCGCUGAGGGUGCCGCGGCAACCCGCGGGUGACUCGAGCCGGCUGGACGCUAACUCCUACGAGGGUUGGAUGUCUCAGCUUCCCUUCGAGAGCGAGUAUCACAUCGAGACGCACCACAUGAACAACACCCAGUCGGUGCACCUGGUGCUGACUGGAAGCACGCUGCGGCUGCGCUGGCCCAAGCACCCGGUGCCUCGCCGAGCCAUGUGGAACGAGAAGCGCCCGGAGCCGGUGUUUGUCAGCCAGCGCCAUUUCAGCCUCACCUACGCGAAAGUCAUGCUGCUCCCAGAAAAACUGGCGCGGGACAGGCUGUGGAACAAGAAGUACCCCAUCUGCUUGCUGAUCCCGUCCGAGGAGCACCACAUGAGGCAGAUGCAGAUGCAGCUCGACUCCAACAACCAGGAUGACGCGGCACCUCACGCAGGCUCCGAUGAGGACGUCAACGAUGCGGUCAAGGACCUCUACGUGAGGGACGCCACUCGUGACGAGGCCGACGCUGCCACUGCGUCUUCCAAGGACGACCUGACGUGCUCCAGCAAUGCUGUUGCUCGCAAGGACUCGAGCCAGGAGAGGGCACCGGCCCAAACGAAUGGUUCGGUGUCGAAGGAAUCCCAGCCGGCGCUCGCAUCACCCCCGCAGAAGAUGGAGCACGAGGUUCUGUACCUGUUUGCGCGGACAUGCCGGGAGAAGGAGGAGUGGUUCCGGAGGUUCCAGCAGGCCAUAAUCUAUGGCGACAAGGACCCAAGGGCGAGGCGGUCACACUUCGAAGACUCGCCCAACCAGCUCAUCACGUACGACACCUACAUCGAGGAGUUGCAGCUGCGGCACCGCGAGCAGCAGUGGAUCUCUCCAUCUCUCUUGAUGCCGAAGAGUUCAGGCGUCUCCUCGCUGCUUCCAUCGUCGCAGGGCACUGCUUUCUCACAGGGUACCAAGUCGGACACGCAGUGGCUGAACAUGCUGGUUGGCCGCCUCUUCUUCGACGUCUUCACCCAGCACGAGUGGGCGGAUGUUGUUAGGCGCCGCAUCCAGAAGAAGCUCAACCGCAUCAAGGUUCCGUUCUUCAUGGAGGAGCUGACGGUGACGGACAUCCACCUGGGCUCGCAACUGCCGUAUGUGCGGCGCACGUCGGAGGCCGUGGUGGACAAGCGGGGCGUCUGGGUCGACAUGGACGUCACCUACAACGGGGCCUUCUACAUGACCCUCAGCACCAAGCUCAACCUCAUGCGGCUCAAGCGCUCCCAGACCGAGGAGAUGCAGAGCCUCGCCAUAAACCACGAUGCCUACGACGACGAGAGCGCCGCUUCCUCCUCAGACGACGAGGGGGCCGCCGCAGACAAGGGGGAGUCGAGUGCCAUCUCGAGAGACCCGAGUUCUGCGACAGGCACGGGCAAGAAGCUGCUGGAGCUGGUGGACAAGAUUGCGCAGUCGCGCUACUUCCAGCAGGCCACCGAGAACCGCUACAUCAAGCGGAAGAUGGAGGAGGUCUCCAACACGCCCCUCGUGCUCACCGUCGAGAUCAGCCACCUGGUGGGCACGGUGGCCCUCAACAUCCCACCCCCACCCACGGACCGCAUCUGGUACGGCUUCCGCACACUGCCCAAGAUGCAGCUGGUGGCGCGACCCAAGCUUGGAGCCAAAGAGGUCACCAUUGCCCGGGUCACAGAGCGCAUAGAGAAGAUGCUCUUCCUCGAAUUUCAGAGGAUUUUCGUCAUGCCCAACAUGGACGAUUUCGUCGUGCCGUUCAUGCACAGCGACAUCACAGAAUCGUGAGGUGCAUUUUAGUGCACGGCCCGUCCCCACCAAAAAAAAAAAGAUGGAAAGUGAGAACGGUGGCAGACGAUUGCAACUUUUUGUCGUCUGCCGCAGCGACACAACGUCCUUGCACACUUUGGAGAGGACGCCCACACGCGCUCGGAGAUUACGAACUGUUUUUUUUAACCAACUAGUGAUAUUAUAUUGCCUGGUGUUUUAUGUACAUUUCUGUUCUGCCGUCGCUUUGCACAGUUGUUCUUUUUUUAUCUGACGGUUUUUCUCUUUUCCUUGAUAUCUAUUAACACAGAUCUGCGAUCACUGUUGUAUUGUAUUUGGUCUCUUUCAACGCACAUCUGUACCCCAGCUGCAGAAGCGAUAAAAAGUUGUGCAUUUUCAUUUUUACGAUUAUAGUGGAUAAUCCUGCACUACAGCAUUGGUGAUGUUUCUAUCACCCCAUUCAAUUUUCUACCUACAUGUUUAUAUGCAUCUGAACAACUCUGGCUUGUUGGUGCAAAAGAGGAUUUCUCGUGUUCGAGUGCAUUUUGUUGUUUGAUUGCUUGUCAAGUUGCUUCUUUUUACAGCUCAUACUCCAUGUACAAAAUGUUAAUCAGUGUUCUAGCUGCACACUCUGGUUUCAUGUGCAUUUCAUCAGGAGCACUUCUGUUUCGAAGCUUGUAUGCAAAUAUGUUUCGGGUUGUCUUCCUAGUUUUUGACGACAAUCUGCAACUUCUGCAGCUGAUGACACUCGCGAUUCCUUUUCAGCUAAACGUUGUGUGCGUAAUGUUGCACUUGUUGGGCUUGAUGUAAGUCUUGUUAUGCCUAAUACGAAGGUCUCGUUAGGCUUAACGUGGAGGCCUUGUUAGGCCUAACAUCAGAGUUCUCGUUAGGGUUAACGUGAAGGCCUUGUUAGGUCUGAAAUAUAGGGUUUCUUUGAGUAAUCAGUUCGAGUGCACGUGUGGGUGGCGAGGCCUUUCCGUACAAAGUCUUUCACAACCUUUUAAAAAGCUUCAUGUUCACCUCGAAGGGUGCCGGAAGCCUUCCGUGAAGUUUAAAAAUGAGCUUGGCACUACAGGUCCCCACGUGACUGCACUGGAAACGAGAGCGGCGAGAGAAACAGUACAAGAUGAUGGUUUUGAAGUAGUAUUACGCAAGAGGAACGAAGUUUGCACGGCGAGAGGUUUUUACCACUAGGUUUUUACAAGAAGCUGCGAGGAGUGAGCAAGUGCAGUGCGUCUUCCAUAAAAGUUUCUUCGAAAGAAAGGCAUCGGAGUUGCCUAUGACAUGGUAUGCAUGCGUCGCAUUCAGUUGCAGGUAUCUCAGGUUUCAGCCGCGACAAGGUGAACUUGCCGGUGGCUCCGUGGUCGAGGAUUACCCGGAAAGCGUACUGCAUCGCUUUAACGUGUACCUCGCCAUAAAUUUUUUUCUUGGUGUUGUUUCUGUGAUUUGUGUGUCGUGAUAUCGGGUGUCGUGCGUACUUCCGUGCAACCUGCGAUGCAACUUUUGCGCAACCGCCUCCCCGCUGUACGUGCUGUACGCAGCGCAUUUUCGGCUACCCUUGCAGCGUUUGCUCACGAGGCGUCGGUUUGGUUGCAUUUGGUGUGUGUGUGUGUUCAUUGUAUGGUAAAAAUACUCUUUGCAAGCCAAGAAAAAAAAAAGCCGAGAUUCUCGAAUGGUGUUUGUCUUUUUGUAUCGUUGCCACUGGUGUUUGAUGGUGCUUAAACGUGAUUUUCAUCUUUGUAGCCCUGGUAUAUGUGUGCCUACCUUCCUAACACUUCAUACCUCGCUUUCCGCCACAAAUGAAUUGCAGUUCUCAUGAAAAAAAAAAGAAGAAUGUGGGGCACUGAAAUUUGUAUUUUUUCUAACGCACAUCGAAAUUGGGUUGCUUUGUCCGCUGUCGCACCGACUUGUCACUUGGAGGGCUGAAUGUCUAAGUCGAAAGGGAAUUAAGUGCAGAGCUUUUACUUAGCGUUUGGUCUUGUGUAGCUCACCACAUUUGUCAGUGCGCAAGAAUAUUCCGUUAUUAAGUGUUAACGUGUUGUUUCACUAGCGGUAGCAGUUGCGAUUUCUUUGGCUUGGUGUACGUAAGUGAAGUGGGUGUUAAGUUCUUGUGGCUUGUGACGUGAUGUCAGGCUGCGUCAAUUCAAGGUUGAUAGCGGCUUUCGGCUGUACCAGAACCAAAUCAACACGGUGUAAUGCGUUGUCAAUGCAAGUGACAACACCCGAGCUUAACAUAUCUUGACGGUGCAAUCCUUAUCGAGAGUAUCUACACCGUUCUCAGUCAGUCUGCUGUGGUAGUCUAGUUUGCUUUUGUGCAGGAUUAGAAGGGUGCGUUUCUUUUCUUCCUUUGAGCCUUUUCGAAGACAAACUCGAUAUACCAUUUCUGUUUAGUGAAUUUGCUGAGAAAUUGAUGUGAGUAGAGGAAGAUGUGUAUUUAUAUUUAAUAUAUAAGCAUACUGUGUUCUCCCACUUGUUCCAUGUUUACUCUUCUUUCUUUCGCUUCUCUGGUGCUCUGAUCACAUGUGCAGCCUUCAUCAAAGGUUUACGGGGCACGUUACAUGCAGCCAGACCUUGUCUGGGCCUCAGGUCAUCUGUUCCACCUGCAACUGCGCAAAAGCCCGAGAGAUUGACACAGAAAGUCUAAGUUUCGCCUCUGCUACCUGAAUUCAGGGGGCACAGGGUGUGUCGGAGAAGCUGAACCAAACAAUUGACCCGCAUUUUUUUCUCUCUCCAACACGGCCCUUGCAUCUUUGAUGGGGACUUUGCACACAUCGGACGUGUGUAAAGAGCAAUAUGCAAGAACAUGGCUGACAUGAUGAUCAGCUAUGGUUUGAUAACUGCAGGCAUUGCCGGCGAGGUUGCAUUUCGGAUGAAAAGGCAAGGAAUAGGAGUAUUUUUUUUUUAGCUUAGAAAGGAAGAAACGCAAACUGAUACGAACUACGAGUGCUACGCAAUGCUUGUUUUUACGCCUACUUUCAUUCAGCGGCAUGGUCAAUCACAAGUGAGCAAACAGUUUAUGCUUCGCAAAUCGGCAAGCAAUUCACAUCCUGUGCGAGAAUGGCUUUUAGUGUGCAAGAUUGGCAAGACCCUCGUGACUUUCACCUAUGUAGUGCAUGCCCUUGCCAGUAUUGACUGCAGUUAUCGGUACUUAAUGUCAAGCUCGUUAACAGAUCUGUGCUCUGGAUGUUCGAGGUGGUUGAAGCGAGUGUAUCAUCAAAAGAAAUAAUCCCCGGUCUCUCUACCCUCUCAAGGUUGCCAAGGUUUCCCGGCGAAAUGUGCCGCAUUGUUCCGUCCGAAGCUUGUGAGGCUGUUGGUACAUGUGCGGCUUUGUAUUGAAUGCAUUCCUUUUUUUACAGCAGCCGUCUUUCAACCUUGGUCGCAACUCAUUAAGCUUUUUUUUUUUUGGCCACUCGGUACAGACGUGUGGAGGAAUCCUAUGGUGUGAUCUUUGUUUCUAUUUGUUUGCGAAUAUGGUAGCUUCGGGGCGUGGUUGCAAGUCGUGGAUUCUAAAGUCGCUUGCGUUCUUUCCGCCAAGGCAGUUGUCUUCUUACAAUUAUGACUUCCAUGAACUCAAACCUGUUUUUUUUUCUUUUGGCCUGAAACUUCACAUUCCUUUGCUCUAGAGGGUGCAGCAUGUGUUGUCAAAAGUAUACAAACUGCGAUAGUUUGUGGCUGCUGCUAGUAAAGCCGUACAGUACUGUAUCGCUCACAUAUGCUAGAAGUAUAAGGUGAAAAUCGAAAAUACCAGGCUGCGGAAAUACUAGUUCUUGGCUUUUCACGGAUUUCCAAGUCUAUAAACUUUUUGAUGUCUGCCGCACAUGAAGCAGGAAGUGUCCAUUUUAUCCACGACGUAACCGAGCUGCAUAAAAUCUGGAAAUAAUUUUACAUACUGUUCUGCCAGUUUGCAAACCUGUGCCCACACAGAACGUGCUCUUUAUAUAAAAAGCACAGCGUACGUUAUUGCAGCACUUCGUAAUUGGAGAGAUAACCUUUCUUUGAGUAAGACCUUGUGGAAAAACUCAACCUGCACGCUCUCUGCAAUCUGUAUUCUUUCGAAAGCGGCCGAACGAGAAAAGUUCACUAUUAUCAAAAAUAAAAAGCUUGACCUCGCAUAUUCUCUCCUCUUCCACACGUUGAAUCCACCAUUGGUCACCAGCCUUAUCUCAAUCUAUUGUUUUAGCAUUCUUUUUUCAGCAUUAUGCUUUCUUUCCCCUAGUCUUUAUGGUGCUUAGAAGUCUAUACAUACCUUGGUGCAGUGUAGAAUGGAGAUCCUGCAUUAUUUUAGUGAAAUACAUAUAUGCGUGUGUGUGUGUGUUUAGGCCUAUGUUUGCAUCCCAACCUGUGGCAUGUUCUAGUCUGUCUACUAUGGAUGUCUUGGUGGCAAUGUGGGGAGGGGGGGGGGGGGGGCUGGUAUUGCACUGCAAACGGCAGAGCGUGCACUCUUUUUUGCUUUGCACAGGAAGUUGGCACAUGCACUUGUCAUAUCAUUUAUUAAAACAUUCAGAAGUUCUGUA